AUGAAGUACUCGGUGGGAAGAGCAGGGCAGAAGCUAAUCGGACAGACUGUCGACACAAACUCUGCCUUCUUCGCCAGAUACUGCUUCUCGCUCGGAAUCCAGCUCAAGCGCAUUGAAGUCAUCGCUGACGAAGAAGAAGAGAUCAUCGAGGCCGUUCGCCGCAUGAGCAAAAACUACGACUUUGUCGUGACAAGCGGCGGCAUUGGACCAACUCACGACGACAUAACCUACUCCUCCAUCGCUAGAGCCUUCAACCUCCCGCUAAAGCUGCAUGAAGCCGCCUUCGAGCGCAUGAAGAAACUCACCAAGCCCCAUGCCCUCACCCCCGACUUCAGCUGGGACACGCCCUCCCCCGCGCUCACUGCACGCCUCCGCAUGGUCGAGCUCCCCUUCGAUGCCUCCCUCCCCGCCGAGUCCCAGGCCAUCUUCGUCUCAGAUGACAUGUGGGUUCCCAUCGCCAUUGUCAACGGCAAUGUUCAUAUCCUCCCCGGCGUUCCACGGCUCUUCGAGCGUCUCCUCGAACACCUCCGGCCAUCGCUGCUUCCUCGUCUUGUUAACCCCGAGGGUAAGGGGAUUUACCGAUAUUUGUUUAGCACACCGCUGCCAGAGAGUGCAGUUGCGCCGUACUUGACGGAUCUGGCGACAAGGACGGCAGCCAGGGGCGUCAAGGUUGGGAGUUACCCGCGGUGGCAGAAGAAGAGGAACACGGUCACGCUGGUGGGGACGGAUAAGGAGUUUUUGGACUCACUAGUUGCCGAGGUCGAGGAGAAUGUGCAGGGGAAGAAGGUGUCGGCGGAGGAUGAGUUGGAUUCGGACACUGAGGAGAAAUCUCUGACAAUGCGGUAUAUUUUCCCGCCUCACCUGAUUAUCUGGGACGCCAUUGGUUUGGCUGUUGUGAUAUUGGAUCUUGAAGGCUUUAGCGAUAUCUAA